AACCUCUAAAUAUAGUAAUCAUUAAAUACUAAUCCCACACCAUUAAACCCAUCCGUAAGCAGCGGCUCAGGAGCCACUAAAGAGGACCCAGCACACAGCACUGUUUACACUACCAAUGCGGUUGAGUUACACCAUGUACAGUAAAAUGAGCUUGACUGCCAGUAACUCUAGUCACUUACCAACAAAAGCAUCAUUUCCUGAAAGCUCCUCCUCCUGCUCCCCUCCCCUUUGCUCUCUCCCCAGCACCUUAGAGCAUUGAGGAACUAGACUACAAUCAAUAUGACUAAACCUCUAUGCAAAUACCUGUCAGUCCAGCCGUAGCAGGAAAUGUGUGUGUUUUAGGGCAGUGUUUUCUGCCCAGAACUUACCUGUAUUCUGCCUUGUUCAAAUGUGUGUGUUGGGUGUUCUGAGGAGCUGGUAGGGCCAUCUGCUAUUGGGAAACAUUACAGCUGUGAGGUGUUUCCACAGCUCCAGCACAUGGAACGAUCUUUCGUUGUAAGGGAAAGGUGAAUUAGGGGUGUGUGGUCUUUCCGCCCAAAGCUUUUGGACUCAUGUCUUCUAUUCUGCCGCUUUGGACUAAACUUCAUUCACAGUUGGGACGACCUCUUCCCAAGAACCUGUCCUGCAUCGAUGACCUCUCCAACUCUCUGUUCUCCUCUCCGGCCGACUCGCUGUCAGACUACACCGAUGCCCAGGCCUUCAUCCCCACAGAUAACCUGGCCCACGUGCCCACGAUAUGGGACAUAAACACACCAGCACAGAGCCAGCUGGAGCUGAAUGCCAACAGGUUUCAGGAUUUGAACAGUUUGGAGGAUAUCGCUGCCAUUAUCAGCACCCCACCUUUGGGAGGAUACCAGCAGACUCAGAGAAACCAGACUCCGGCAGAAGAGGAGGCAGAGGAGGAGGAGGAAGAGACAGAGGAGCUGGGACAUGUAGACACCUACGCUGACUACAAACCAUCCAAAUCCACCAUAGGGAUCUCCCACCCAGACAUAGUGGUGGAGACCAACACGCUGUCCAGCGUCCCUCCACCUGACAUCACCUACACUCUGUCCAUUCCUGACUCCACCAUCAACUGUGGCCUGCUCUCUGCCCUGCAGCUGGAGGCCAUCAUAUACGCAUGCCAGCAACACGAGGUAAUUCUGCAGAACAACCAGAGAGCAGGCUUCCUGAUAGGAGACGGGGCCGGAGUAGGGAAAGGCCGCACAGUGGCCGGCAUCAUCCUGGAGAAUUACCUAAAGGGGAGGAAGAAAGCGCUAUGGUUUAGUGUAUCCAAUGACCUGAAAUACGACGCAGAGAGAGAUCUGAAAGACAUAGAUGCUCCCACCAUUCCUGUGCAUGCCUUAAACAAGAUAAAGUAUGGAGACACAGCUACCUCAGAAGGAGUCCUGUUUGCGACAUACUCUGCACUGAUCGGGGAGAGCCAAGCAGGUGGGCAGCACCGCACCAGACUCAAGCAGAUCCUGGACUGGUGCAAGCCCGGCUUUGAUGGAGUUAUUGUGUUUGACGAAUGCCACAAGGCCAAGAAUGCUACGUCCACCAAGAUGGGCAAGGCCGUGCUGGACCUGCAGCACAACCUGCCGCUGGCCAGGGUGGUUUACGCCAGUGCCACAGGUGCCUCUGAGCCAAAGAACAUGAUCUAUAUGAGCCGCCUGGGGAUCUGGGGCGAGGGCACGCCCUUCAAGACCUUUGACGACUUCCUGCACGCCAUCGAGAAGAGGGGUGUAGGCGCGAUGGAGAUUGUUGCCAUGGACAUGAAGGUGAGUGGGAUGUACAUCGCCCGGCAACUGAGCUUCUCAGGGGUGUCCUUCCGCAUCGAGGAGAUCGGUCUGGACGACGACUUCAAACUGGUCUACAACAAAGCUGCCAAACUGUGGGCGGAGGCGCUGGCCGUGUUCAUGCGUGCAGCGGACGCGCUGUGUCUGGUCAGCAGGAAGUCCCUGUGGGGUCAGUUCUGGUCUUCCCACCAGCGCUUCUUCAAAUACCUCUGCAUCGCCGCCAAGGUUCGCUGCCUGGUGGAGCUGGCCAAGAAAGAACUGAAAGCUGGCAAGUGCAUCGUGAUUGGUCUACAGUCCACAGGAGAGGCCCGAACCAGAGAGGUCCUGGAUGAGAACGAUGGGCACCUGGACAGAUUCGUAUCUGCAGCAGAGGGUGUGUUCAAAGCUCUGGUACAGAAACACUUUCCCUCCGAGAAGCAGAGGAGAGAGAAGGCACGUGGAAACAAGAGAAAACGUAAGCCCAGGGGCCGGCAGCCCAAAUUCCCAAAGCACACCAUGGUUCAUCUGGGGGGUGUGAUCAACAUCAGUGACGACAGCAGCACGGACACGGACGGCAUGGACACCGACUCCAACUCCUCGCCAGACUCCCUGAUGGACAAUAACGAUGACGUCAUCUUCGUCCAGCACACCAGCUGUCACACAGCCAGUAUAGAGAAGAUGAAGCAGAGCCUCCUGAACAAGAUCGCUGACCUGGGAAAGGAACUACCUCUGAACACUCUGGACGAGCUCAUUGACCAGUUUGGAGGACCAGAGAUGGUAUCGGAGAUGACGGGUCGUAAGGGUCGCGUGGUGCGGCGUCCUGACGGAAGCGUGCGCUACGAGUCGCGUGCAGAGCAGAGCCAUACCAUAGACCACAUCAACCUCAAGGAGAAGGACCGCUUCAUGUGUGGAGAGAAGAUGGUGGCCAUCAUCUCAGAGGCAGCCAGCUCAGGCAUCUCCUUGCAGGCAGACAAGCGGGUGAAGAACCAGCGUCGGAGGGUCCACAUAACCCUAGAGCUGCCCUGGAGUGCAGACAGAGCCAUCCAGCAGUUUGGUCGUACCCAUCGCUCUAACCAGGUGACGGCUCCAGAGUACAUCUUCCUCAUCUCUGAGCUGGCCGGGGAAAGACGCUUCGCCUCCAUUGUGGCCAAGAGACUGGAGAGCCUGGGUGCAUUGACCCACGGUGACAGGAGAGCCACAGAGUCCAGAGACCUGAGCAAAUACAACUUUGAAAACAAGUACGGUACCAAGGCUCUGGAUAAGAUCACGAAAGCCAUCCUGGGCCACAUCGAGAGCAAGGUGUCCCCUCCCAAAGGUUACCCCGGGGGUGAUGCUCUGUUCUUCAGAGACAUGAAGCAUGGCAUGAUGGAUGUGGGUAUCUUCUGCAAGGAGCCACGGUUUGGUCUCAGCACUGAGAAAGACUGCAGCAUCACCAAGUUCCUCAACAGGAUCCUGGGCCUGGAGGUCCACAAGCAGAACUCUCUGUUCCAGUACUUCACCGACAACUUUGACUACCUGAUCGAGAAGGACAAAAAGGAGGGCAAAUACGACAUGGGAAUCCUAGAUCUGGCCCCAGGUAAUGAUGAAAUCUACGAGGAGAAGCAAGAGACCUUCAUGACAGUGGGAAACCCCCAGGACGGACAGGUCGUGCUCUACAAGAUCAGCGUGGACAGAGGUAUGCCCUGGGAGGAGGCCUAUGAGAAGGUCCAGAACCUCAACAGUCCUGACGAGGGCUUCUACCUCUCACACAAGUUGCGGGGGAACCACCCGUGUGUGCUGCUGGCGGAGCAGGGUCGAGGGAGGAACUUCAUCGUCUACAAGCCCAACAUCGGGAAGCAGGCCCACCCAGAGAGCCUGGACAACCUGCAGCUACGCUACCGCAAGGUGACUCCAGACCAUGCCAAGGACAGCUGGGAGAGCCAGUUCAACUUCUCCUUUGGGAAAUGUAGCCAUGCUAACUGGAACGGGAAGUGUAAGAAGAUCGAGGAGGGUCAGGAGUGUCUGCAGGGAAUGCGUCUGCGCCAGUACCACAUGCUGUGUGGUGCGCUACUGCGCGUCUGGAAGUAUGUGGCUGACGUGGUCUCUGACAUCACCUGCUCCAGCAUCCUUCAGAUCGUACGCCUCAAAACCAAAAAUAGUAACAAGCAAGUCGGUAUCAAGAUCCCAGAGAACUGUGUGGCCCGAGUGCGGCAGGAACUUCUCAAAAUGGACGAGGAGGUGAAGAGAAGGCGCAAGGAGAAGGAGCAGCAGCGCGCCCAGGAGCAGCAGCGCGCCCAGGAGCAGCGGCUAGCCGAGGAGCGGCAGCUUCAGAACCAACACCUGCUGGCCAAGCUUUACAGCCAGAGACAGACCCUGAACCACAGCUUCAACAACCAGAACUUGUCGCAGGGCCUCAAGACCCAACACCUGAGCCUGGCCCAGGCCAAUCCUCUACAGGUCAAGCCUCUACUCCAGCCCAAACCUUCACAGCUCAAACCCCAGCUCGGUCCAGUCAACCAGCUCCCCAGCAUGGCCAGCCCCACCUCCCACUUCUCCAAUUUCCCCCACCACUUCCCCUCCCUGCACCUCCUGCAGCCCGACCCCUCCUCCUCCUCCAUGCCCCCUCGGACCGGGGAGGAGGUCUUAGACCUGACGGUGAGCCCCUCUCCCUCCCCAGACAGCAAAGAGAGAGGCCUGGUCCUCGACUGCCUGACCAGAGACGGCUUUGGCCUGGACUCUCUGAUAUUGCUGAGCGAGCUCGCCGCCCAGAACACUGCACACAAACUGCAGCAACCUCUACAGCCACUGCCACCACUGACAAAGCCACAGCAGCUACUGUCGCCACAGCAGAUACAGCUACAGUCGCCACAGCAGAUACAACCACAGCUACAGUCACCACAGCAGAUACAUCCACAGCUACAGUCGCCACAGCAGAUACACCCACAGCUACAGUCGCCACAGCAGAUACAGCUACAGUCGCCACAGCAGAUACAGCUACAGUCGCCACAGCAGAUACAACCACAGCUACAGUCGCCACAGCAGAUACAGCCACAGCUACAGUUGCCACAGCAGAUACAACCACAGCUACAGUCACCACAGCAGAUACAACCACAGCUACAGUCGCCACCGCAGAUACAACCACAGCUGCAGUCACCACAGCAGAUACAGCAACGGUUGGACAGUCCGACUCUAAUCAACAGCGACCACCAGGACUACUAUGACAUCCUCAAACUGCUGGAAGAUCCAGACCAUCUGCCUUACUCUCUGUCUAGCCAGACAACUACUAACCCCUCCACUUCCUCCAACACAGUGGCUCAUGUCUCGUCCGGCCUCCUCUCUUCCCCCUCUACCCCCUCCUCCUCUCUCUUCUCUCCUUCGUCCCUGGCCCCCUCAGAACAGCAACCGCUCCCUCUGGCCAACGGCCACUGCAGCACGGACGCCCUCAUUAAUGUGCGCGAAGUACUGGACAACAUGCUGCGGACCAGCGCAGACCGGCAGACGGUUAUCCAUUACCGGCUGCCUGAAUGGGACUCUGUGUAACCACAUCAUCAGUGUGGCUGUCUGAAUGGGACUCUGUGUAACCACAUCAUCAGUGUGGCUGUCUGAAUGGGACUCUGUGUAACCACAUCAUCAGUGUGGCUGUCUGAAUGCGACUCUGUGUAACCACCUUGUCAGUGUGGCUGUCUGAAUGGGACUCUGUGUAACCACAUCAUCAGUGUGGCUGUCUGAAUGGGACUGUGUAACCACCUUGUCAGUGUGGCUGUCUGUGUCCUCUAGCUGCUGAGUGUGAACGCUAGCCUCAUCCCCUCUCCCCUCAGGACCUAGUCACAUCACUGCCUGUCCUGUGCUCUUCUCCUCCUUAACACUCCCAGGCACUGGAUCCACAGGCCAGGGUCACUUUCACUAGACCAAAUGUGUGGUCCCGUUCAGAGAUGGUAAACAUACGACCCAGGUGGAACUGGCCCGGUCACUUCACUGAGAGAGCAAAUGGUCUAUACGGCGUUUCUACACCAAGGCUUGACUCAAUGAAGAAACACAAUUCCAACAGGGUUUGAUUAUGUUUCUAUAACUAUCAAAAGCUCAUGUGCUUAAAAAAAAAAAAUCCAACCUUGUUGCAAUUGUUUUUUGUUUUUUAUUGAGGAAACCUUAAUUUAGAAAUAUUUUUCUAGAACCACAGCUACUGGUUAUGUUGGGUUUCACUGGUAACAUCGCGGGAUUCAAACUGCCUUUCAUGCACAUCUGUAUGCUUUUCUGCGUUGUCCUGUAAUUCGCUUCAUCGCCAUUGCAUCGACUUGGUUUGUUAAAACCUCCAAAAUAUAAAACUGGAAAAAUUGACAAUGUUUCAGUUUUGGCUCCUUCUUCUCCCUCACUCUGCUGUUUCUACCAUCACUCUCUCUAGUGUCCUGUGUGAAAAAAGAAGGGAGUCAGCCGUUGUAACAGUGCCUUUGGAAACCUACUUAAAUGCAGUCUUUGAAACCCAUAUAGGCCUAAUGUAUAGAUUUGUACUGGAAGCAUAGGUAUGUUAAUUUAUUCUAUUUGUAUUUAACUUAACCCUCCUCGGCCCUCUGUUGGCUCUAUGCUGGUGGCAGGUGCCAGGGGUCGUCCCCACGAUCCCAGUAUGUGUAUGUCUGUCUGUGUGUGGACCCUAUAGCUGUCCCUUCAGCACGUCUGUUCUGUGUGGAACCCUGCUUUCCCAGGCCAUGUUAUAGACAGAGAGCAGGGGUUAGAUGGGAUGGACACUGCUGAUGUGAUGCAAUUUAAAAUGGUGUCAUAUCCUACUUUUAGUCUACUUACCAUUCAUCCAACGGUGACUCCUGGGUUGCUUUUGAUUUGAAGUUCUCAGGAAUGUGCAUUUGUUGUUUUGUUUAACUUUCAGACCAACACUGAUGUGAGCAUUUGUUUUAGCUUGUAACUUUAGCAUAUAUAUAUGCUAAAACAAAUAAUAAAUAUAUAUAAUACAUACAGUGCCUUUGGAAAGUAUACAGACCCCUUGACUUUUUCCACAUUUUGUUAC